AGAGAGAGAGAGAGAGAGGGCGGAGAUACCGGAGAGUGCCAGAGACGCGAAGACGCAGCGGGACGCCGACUUGGCCAAGCUUCAAACAUAGGCACUUGAAAAAAAAAAAAAAAACAAUCCCACGUCAACGUCAAAGACAUGGACAUGGAGAGGGUAGAAAACGCGCCCUAAAAUGUCAGAUUUAAAUACGGCGAAGCGAGCGAGAGCGGCUUCCCCUCCCCUCCUCCCUCAUCUCUUACCCUAAACCCGGUGAUAUCGUCUCAGGUGCUUCAUCCUUCUUGACGCAGUCUGACUGAACUCGGGGAGCAAAAAAAAAUGAAGAAGUUUAAUAUUCGGAAGGUGCUGGACGGCUUGACGGCGGUAUCAUCGCCUUCAGCGUCGCCGCAUGCAGGGGCCAAAGAGAACGACUUCAUCCUCCCGGAGACCCUCCAGUCCGAGCACUUCCAGCUCUGUAAGACGGUUCGCCAUGGUUUUCCAUAUCAGCCAUCUUCCAUGGCCUUCGACCCGGUCCAGAAAAUCCUCGCCAUCGGGACUCAAAGUGGAGCUCUGCGGUUAUUCGGUCGUCCUGGCGUAGAAUGUUACUGUCAGCACGAGAGCGGCGCCGCCGUCAUCCAGCUCCAGUUCCUCAUCAACGAAGGGGCGUUAGUGAGCGCUUUAGCCGACGACAGCAUUCACUUAUGGAACCUGCGUCAGAAGAGACCAGCCGUCCUGCACUCCCUCAAGUUCAACAGGGAGAGGAUAACCUUCUGUUACCUGCCUUUCCAAAGCAAAUGGCUGUAUAUCGGCACAGAACGAGGAAACAUCCACAUUGUAAACGUGGAGUCUUUCACGCUCUCAGGAUACACUAUCAUGUGGAACAAAGCCAUUGAACUGUCCUCCAAGGCCCACCCUGGUCCUGUCGUCCACAUAAGUGAUAACCCGAUGGAUGAAGGCAAGCUUAUAAUAGGAUUUGAGUCUGGCAUCGUGGUGCUGUGGGAUUUGAAGUCGAAGAAGGCUGACUACCGCUAUACCUACGACGAGGCGAUCCAUUCUGUAGCCUGGCACCACGAGGGGAAGCAGUUCAUCUGUAGUCACUCAGACGGCACAUUGACCAUAUGGAAUAUAAGGUCCCCAGCCAAGCCUGCUCAGACAAUCACCCCACAUGGAAAACAGCCCAAGGAUGGAAAGAAGCCAGAGCCAUGUAAACCCAUUCUAAAAGUAGAGUACAAGACAACAAGGGCAGGGGAUCCAUUUAUUAUCUUGUCCGGCGGUCUAUCGUAUGACACGGUCGGUCGGCGGCCAUGUUUGACUGUUAUGCACGGGAAGAGCACGGCGGUGCUAGAGAUGGACUAUCCCAUCGUAGACUUCCUCACACUCUGUGAAACGCCAUAUCCUAACGAUUUUCAGGAACCUUAUGCUGUUGUGGUCCUUCUAGAGAAGGAUCUAGUAGUUAUCGACCUCGCACAAAAUGGCUACCCGAUCUUCGAGAACCCUUACCCCUUGACGCUUCACGAGUCCCCGGUGACUUGUUGCGAGUACGUGGCCGACUGUCCCGCAGACCUCAUUCCUGCACUUUACUCGGUCGGAUCACGCCAAAAAAGACAGGGCUACAGCAAAAAGGAAUGGCCUAUAAGUGGCGGAAACUGGGGCCAGGGCUCUCAGAGCUAUCCAGAAAUGAUAAUCACUGGGCAUGCUGAUGGUUCUGUGAAGUUCUGGGAUGCUUCUGCAAUAAUGCUCCAGGUGUUGUACAAGCUGAAGACAGCCAAGGUGUUUGAGAAAGCGCGCGGCAAGGAGGAGAAAGCGUCCACGGAGAUCGUAGACGAAGAUCCGUUCGCCAUCCAGCUCAUGGCGUGGUGUCCUGAGAGCCGAAUGCUGUGUGUCGCUGGAGUGUCUGCUCACGUGAUCAUCUACAGGUUCAGCAAACUGGAGGUCAUGACUGAGGUCAUACAGUUACUGGAGGUCCGACUGCAGUACGAGCUGAACGACCUCGAGUCACCUGAAGGAGAUCAGACUCCGGCUCCUCCCACUCCAAACACCUCACCGAGUCCGCAGAACGCCGGCCCACACCCACAUCCCUCCACCAGCAGCAACUCAUCUGACGGCAUUAGAGAUAAUGUUCCCUGUCUCAAGGUACGCAGCAGUCCUCUGAAGCAGUCUCCUGGGUAUCAGGUGGAGCUGGUGGUUCAGUUGGUUUGGGUCAAUGGAGAGCCACCGCAGCAGAUUAGCAGCCUGGCCAUCAACUCCUCAUACGGCCUCGUGGUCUUUGGCAAUACUAAUGGCCUGGUUGUGGUCGAUUAUCUCCAGAAGACUGUUCUGUUGAAUCUGAGCACCGUGGAGCUGUACGGAUCCGGCGACCCUUAUCAGAGACAACCUCGAUCACCUCGCAAGAGCAGGCAGCCAUCGGGAGGGCUGUGUGACAUCAACGAAGGCUCGGCGACGUCAGAGGACCGCUGCAAAUCACCCACCUCAGUGUUGACGUCUAACCAUCAGCAGUUCUACAAUGGCGGUGGUAGAGGAGCAAAGAUGUCACGGAAAUUAAGCUUGCCUACUGAGCUAAAGCCAGACUUGGUCUUACUCUCUGUAUGUCCACCACGGGGCUCAAUACCGCUAGACAACAGGGACAACUCAUUCAGCCGCUCACGCAGCUCCAGCGUGACCAGCAUCGACAGGGACACACGAGAAGCCAUAACGUCGUUCUUCUUCUCCCAGACGUACACGUGUAAAACGGACAGCACCCAAAGCCCCGCCCUGUGGGUGGGCACUUCGCUAGGUACAGUCCUUGCUAUCUCCCUAAACAUGCCCCCUCCAGGAGAGCAGCGGUUACUGCAGCCAGUCAUCGUCUCACCCAGUGGAACUUUCGUUCGGCUGAAAGGAAGCAUCGUCCGGCUGGCAUUCCUGGAUAACACAGGCUCCCUGCUCCCGCCCACAUCGGAGCUGUGGUACGAACCAAACACUGACAGCGAGGAGAAGGAGAGAGUGAGGAGGAGGAGGCCGGUGUCCGUCUCACCCUCUACCUCGCAAGACCUGACUGAGAGCCAGUAUAUGGUGGUAUGCUCGGAGAAGCAGGCCAAAGUGAUUUCUCUACCCUCACAAACCUGCGUCUUCAAGCACAACAUCACAGAGACGUCGUUUGUGCUGCAGGCAGACGUGGUGCAGGUGGGACCAGGCCUCUGUGUGGCGUGCUUCUGUGCCAACGGACACAUCAUGAUCCUCAGUUUACCUGGUCUCAGGCCGUUGCUAGAUGUAAACUACCUUCCUCUGACGGACAUGAGGAUAGCCAGGACCUUCUGCUUUACCAACCUGGGCCAAGCCAUGUACCUGACCUCCCCAACUGAGAUCCAGAGGAUAACCUACAGCCAGGAUGUUUGCGAGAACCUGCAGGAGAUGCUCGGUGAGCUCUUCACACCUGUGGAGACCCCAGAGGCUCCGAACAGGGGGUUCUUUAAGGGCCUUUUUGGAGGAGGAGCUCAGUCACUGGAUCGAGAAGACCUCUUUGGUGAGUCUGGGGCAGGUAAGGCAUCACGAAGCCUUGCUCAGCACAUCCCUGGACCGGGGGGCAUCGAGGGCAUGAAGGGGGCAGCAGCAGGUAUUGUGGGUGAUCUGGCUCGUGCAAGGAUAGCACUGGAUGAGAGAGGACAAAAACUGGGCGAGGUGGAAGAGCGGACAGCGGCCAUGAUGGCUAGCGCUGACUCAUUUACCAAACACGCCCACGAGAUGAUGCUGAAGUGUAAGGAUAAAAAAUGGUACCAGUUCUGAUGUGCAGUUCAGCCCCACGAACACAAAGGGACUCAACCGCUUAUCUAGAGAGCAUCAUCUUUUCUCUCGUCCUUCCUUCCCUCCCUCUUUGGUCCUUCAUCUCUUUCCUCCUGGACCACUGGGAUCCGUUGUUUAUUUCUGGCACAAUGUUGUGUGGACCUCAGUCCUACUGUCAGAAGUGUGUGUGUGUGUGUGUGUGUGUGUGUCUGUGUGCACGUGUGUGCGUGUGUUAGAUGGACUACAUGUCAAAACAUGACCAGACAUCCACCAUCUGCUUUCUUUUGUUUUGUCUGUUUGUUAUUCCCUUCCCCCACUGUUGCUGAGGUGAUUUUCUCCAGAGCCUCGGAGUUAAAUUUUUUCCCAUUCACGCUGUUUUCUUCUUUCAUCUCUUUCCUUCUCAGAAGAAAACCAGAAGCUAAACAAUACAUUUAAAAGGGAAAAAUAAAUAAACAGCCAUUGUAAAAAGAAAGAAUGAUAGUAAAAAAAAAAAAAGAAAAGGGUGAAAAAUAAUCUGCACAUAAUUCUAUAUAAAUCUCUAUAUUCAACUUUUGAACUGAUCAAAGCUGUUUUUAUUUGGACUGUUGAGGUGCAAAAAAAACACAUCUGGAGUAUGGAGGUUUGAGGAUUAGCCAUUAACAGGAAUUGAUGUCACUGUCAUGGAGGAGAUGGACCUAAUGACCCUGAGAGUUGUCCUUACUUCUCUUAAAGCCAUUUCUCUCUUUAUUUAUUUAUUUAUUUAUUUAUUUCAACAAGACCGAAAAAUAUGAAAGAGUCAAACGUUCUCUUCAGGUUUAAUUCAUUUUGUUUCAUGAUAUUCUAGUUUGCAUUUGGGAAUUGUCUCAUGGAUUAUAUCAGCACAAUAAUACUUUACAUUAAAGUACCAUAUUGAAUGGGUUUAUUUCUAAUUAGUCAAAUAAGUUUUAUCGAGCUAAAAGCGGAAAUGUUCGAAAGAAUAAAACUGGGAAAGAAUAGAAAUUGUGUGUUAACUAAUUAUAUACCUUUUUUUUCUUUUCUGAUGGUAUAUUCAUGUGCCCAGGUAUCCAGUACAGAAAAAGGGCUGAAAUGGAGGGGGGUUUUUUUGUUUGUUUUGUUUUGUUUUUUUUUUUUUAAAAAAAAGGGCUGAGAAAUAAAGACUAACAUCAACAACAUGACCAGAUUAUAUAUGGACAUAAUCCAAUUCGGCAUCACCGAUAUCACUUUCUCACUCAAUCAUUUUUUACUUCUCAGAAAUAUAUGUCACGUCUCUUAUCAUUGUGAUUAUUUUACAUAUUAUUUUUAUUUAUCUCUUUUAUUUCUCAUAGUUCCAGAGCAUUGAGCUCUGUAUAUUUUCCUAAUCUUAAAUUUUUCCUUUUAUUUAAAACAAGCAAGCACUUAUACCACAUUAAUGCUGAAAUUAAGAAUAAUGCAUUCGGUCUGAGUGUCCAAGUUUGAUGUCCGGACGAUGCGGUCACUCGUGUGAAUAUAUCUACAACCUACAAACAAGGCGUACACUUCCUUCCUGUUUAGCGUUUUGUUUUGAAGCUUGAACAGGUUAAUAAGGUGCUGCCUUUAAACCAGUGACACAAACGUAAUGUAGUCUGUGGCUCCGCCCACUCGACUCUCAGUCAAUAGUUAGGGUCACUUCGGGAUGUUAAUCUUUACUGUUUAUAAAGCCAUACCAGCUGUCUAAAUUUAUUUGUGCAGUUUUUUUGUGGGGAGGUAUUCGUUAAAAAAAAAUAAGAAAAAAAAAAAUCGAUAUAUCAAAAGCAAUUGAAUUGGAAAACGUCCAAUUACGUUUUCCCUCAACUGUAAUUUCAGUACAAGUGUAAUUUAUUGUGUGCAAGGACAUUGCUGCUAUAUGUGUUUGUACAUAAGACUUCUUUUCUCUGUCCAGAGCAUUACGUCCUCCCUCUCGUUCUUUCUCUCUUCCCCAAGUUUUUUUGCCAUCGUGUAAAUAAAUUAGUCUGACAAUCUGGGACCAUAAAUCGAAGAGCGAGAGCGGACGAACCGGUGUAAAGACAGUCCCCAUACUAUAUGUUGUUAAAUGCCAAAGAUUUACUUUUUUUCAGUGCUUUUAUUUCUAACCGUUACUUCUAGUAAUAUGGGACAUUGUUGUAUUAGUGAGGUUUUACGUGUGGUUCUUGACCCGUGUGGAUAAAACUACUUUCCUCAUUGAUUUUAAUUUGAGAAAAAAAAAACAUAAAUUAUAUUAUACAGUAUAAUAUAUAUUAUUGCCAUGUCAAAAUGUUUUAGAAUAUAAGUUGGUAUAAAUUCCUCCCAGUUUAAUUAGCAUUUCUGAGUUAAAGCGUGUAAAAGCGUGUUUAUUUCAUUUUACCGUCUUUUCCAUUAACACGUCCUUGCAAACUAGUUUUUGUCAAAUGAUUCCUUGCGAAUAAGCUGAAAGCUCAAUCAGAACAGUUAAAACGUAAUUGAUCGAGCGAUACGUUUUACUUCUGUUCGGAAGCUUUGUGUUUGGUUUUAAGCGAAUGGUUUGUUGGGGGUUUGUUAUUGACGUCCAGUGAGAUAGUGUGAACGUCUGUAUGCGUUUCAGACUAAAACCAAUUGUUUUAGCACAAAAGUCCAGUGUGGGAAAAAAGAGACUGAUCAUGAUAGUUGGGGAACCGUUGUGUUGGAUCUGCUAACAUAAUUUACUUGACCUUUAAAGAAAAAAAUAAAGGAAAAAGAAGUCAUUAACGCAGAACCUCUAUGUUCUCGGUUCCCACUAUCAUUGUUCAUCAGUAAUCUAAUGUGUGUUGAAAUGUUCAGUGACAGUAAGUGCAGUAAGUGUGAGCCACUCUCAGGCUGUGUGUGUCCUCUUCGAGCCGGUUUUCAGGCCUCACCUCCUUCGUUUCCGAUUCUGUCUGUGUGGAUGUUGAUUGUCAUUUUUUCCAAGAAAGAAAAAAAAAUCCCUGCUGAAACUGCGAUGUCUAAUAAUGCGCCUUCUUCCUCUGAUGUUUUUUUUUUUUUGGUUAAUAUUGUUUAUCCAUCAGCUCGUUGUAUUUUAAUAUAGUAUACUUCUGUUAUGAAGUAGAUCCUUUCGCUCUCUCGCUCUCUCUCUCUCUCUCUCUCUCUCUCUCUAUCUCUCUCUCCUUGCGCUUCAUCUCCCUUGUUCCUGAGUUUCACAGUUCUCGGUGGGUUGCAGUAUUUUUCUCAUUGUAGCCACUUUUCUUGUACAGUUUUAUGCAAAUUUCACAUGGAUGUUUGUGAAUAUCUGCUGCCACAAAUGAUUUAGAAUUAAUGUAGAUAGAGAUUACUGUGCAAUGAAAAAUAAAAAACGAAU